CAGUUAAACUCAUUAUAAACUGCAAAGUAUAAAUGAUAUCACGUCACAAAAAUCUCAAAAUAUGUAUUUACAUCAACUGUCGUCAUAAGCUGAAGCCGUCCCUGCCUUCCCAACGCAAUCAAACAUAGACUUUGGUCUUCAUUCCGAAUGUCGCUAUAAAUUAACUAACAAAAAUUUGAACAUUAUAAUUUCGCUGCACAAAAGUUGAUAGUGAAUCGUUAGUUUCUCAACUUGCACGAUUAUAACUAACAAUGUUAAUAUCUCGAUUACGUUUGAUAACAUUUGAUGUAACUGGGACACUUCUGAAAUUUCGAUCAUCACCAAGUCAACAGUACGGGGAGAUCGGGGCAAUGUACGGAAUUCUGUGCGAUAACAACACUUUGAGCGCCAAUUUCAAAGCUCACUGGCGCAAAAUGACCAAAGAGCAUCCAAACUUCGGGCUUCACACUGGAUUAGGAUGGGAACGUUGGUGGAAUAUGGUGGUGAAAGGAACCUUCAAGGACUCCAAGUAUGAUUUGGAUGACAAAAAACUCGAUGCUGUCGCUUCACAUCUGAUAGAAGUUUAUAAAAGUUCGGCUUGCUGGCAACCAUGUUACGGAGUGAAGGAUCUGUUGUCUUAUAUUCGGAGCAAAGGUGUGGCCAUGGGAGUCAUUUCGAAUUUUGACCCAAGACUUCACAGCAUCUUGAUAAACAUGAAACUCAGGCACUUUUUUCAAUUAGUUCUGACGUCUUACGAUGUUGGAAUGGAAAAACCAGAUCCUAGAAUUUUCCAAGAAGCUAUGUUCAUUUCCAAAUUGAAAAAUCUGGUGCCAGAAGAAUGUCUCCACAUUGGAGAUAAAGCUCUGUUGGACUACUCGGGAGCGAAAGCCAGCGGAUGGAAUGCUGUUUUGAUAGAUGAUAGGCAAGCAGCGCUUAUUCAAAAUAAAUACCCGGAUGUAGAUCCAGCUCACGUUUUCUCAAGUUUAUAUGAUUUACAUAAACAUUUCGUAGAAACUUCGAAUGAUAAACUUUCUUCGCAUACGUUAUGAAUUCAUACCUGAAAGCAGGAAACAUUCAUCUCGUUAGUUGAAACUGCUUGAAUUUUUUUUUCUUUGUGAUUCUGACAUAUCAUAGUUUUCAUUAAUCAAUCAGAUAGGUGUUUUUUCAUGAUGGGAAAAAAAUACAUUCUGAAUACUCGUAAUGAAAAUGAAAACUACU